AUGGAGAACAUGGAUAGCCUGAACGUCAAGCAACCGGAUUUUCUCACACGCGACUCGUCUGAGUACACUCCCGAAGUAAUUGAUUACAUUAAGCAAAUCAUCCAAAAUGAGUUCGCCUACGAAAGCGCUGGAUCGGUUUACUUUGACACGGGUGCUUUCACUGAUGCAGGACAAAACUACGGAAAACUUGAACCUGGCUCAGUCGGCAAUCAAUCGCUUAUCGCAGAGGGUGAAUUUGUUCUUUGGAAGAAGAGCAAGAAUGGCGAGCUCACGUGGGAAUCGCCCUGGAGGCCAGGCCGUCCGGGGUGGCACAUCGAGUUCUCAGCCAUGGUCUCCAACGUCUUGGGACCUUUAAUUGAUAUCCACGCCGGAGGUGUCGAUUUGCAUUUUCGGCAUCACUCAGACGAAGUAGCUCAAGCCGAAGCGUAUCAGAGCUCACACAAUUACGACGCGGACGAUGACGUUGUUGUCUUGUCCCCUGACAACGCCGUCAUCGACCUCGUCAACCAUCCCAUCGUCAACGGAGGACCCCAUCGAUGUCGACGGGACGGAGGAUAG